AUGCUGGCCGUGACCUACAGCGUCCCAUCUUUCCACGACAUCACCUCGCUCCACAACAGCACUUCCUUAUACAACAGAUCGGCUCCGACUUUUGGCAAUAAGGAUGCUGGAGCAGGUGGUCUGAGGUUGAGGAUGUGGCUGAUAAUACAUGGGCACUGGUUACUGGAUUGUUCUUCUGUCUUUGUCUGCUAUGCUGUGGUGAUGCUCAGUAAAUGUGGUGACGAUUAA